AAAGGUAAAACUAAAUAAGAUGCUUAAGGUUCAGCUUUUGUAGAACUCUUAAAUCUAGAUUUGGAUUUACUUAACUAAAAACGUUUUCAUAUAUAUCAAAUGAGUGAUACAAAUUCCAUCGAAGAAAAUAUCACUAUUUAUAAACUACAGUGAAUGUUGGAACCAGUGACUUUUGCAGUGCAGUCUAUUUCGAUUUUAAAACGUGUUACAGAUAAAAUAUUACAGUGACAGAGUGAGUCAAGAUAGUCAAAAGUCAAGCAGAGUCAAGAAGCUUUUGUUGUCAUUUCAACAAUAUGUAGAUGGCACAGUACACCGUGAAAUGAAACGACGUUUCUCCAGGACCCUCAUGCUAUAUAAAACAACAACACAGAGCUACAUAAAACAACACAGAGCUAAGGACUGAAAGUAAAUUGUUCUAGCCACAUAAAGUGCAAUGUGUGCAACCUAGUGCAAACAGUGCAAGACAAAAAGUGCAACAGUGCAAGGUGCAAAAUUGCUAGGUUUUGGACUAGGUAUUAUUUCUGCUUCAUGCCAGGAGGGUGGAAUUUUCACAAUAUCCCUGUGAAGUUAAACAUUCUAAGGAGCAUUUUCAGAAGAAGACAGAGUAACCCUAUUGGGGGGGUUAUUCUGUUUUGCGCAAGGAGAUGACCCUAGCAUUAUGGAAGGAAGGAGCGUGCCACAGUCACUUUCAUGAGGUCAUGCAGUUGUAACGGAAAUUUCUGAUACAUUUGUGGUUAUCAAGCUACCAUUAUGGCUACAGGAUCUCAAGAGACAUCAGUGGUUGUACGUGAUUUAAUACAUAAGAGUGAAUUAAUCACUAAAGGUCCACCUUCACGAUAUCGUCUCCUCACAACCAGAAGUAAUCUUUAUGAAGAUGGCUCAGUGAGAAAAUGGACAUUUGGACAGCGAUGUGUCAAUAUGCAAAACAAAAUCCUACUGAUGGUAGGAGAAACUGGAACAGGCAAAACUACUCUGAUCAACGCCGUGGUAAAUCAUAUACUCGGGGUGAAGUUUACAGAUGAAGUGUGGUUUGAGAUUACAGAAGAGGGAGGAGAUAAUCAAAUGUCAGAUCAGUCAAAAAGUCAAACAACUGAAAUCACUGUGUAUGAGGUGUUUGCCCCAGACAACCCAACCUGUCUUACUAUCAUUGACACUCCAGGUUAUGGAGACACCAGGGGAGUAGAAUAUGACAAACAGACCGCUGAGAAUCUUUUCAAGCUGUUUCGAAAUGACACUGGAGUGAAAGAAAUUGAUGCAGUGUGUCUGGUACUCAAGGCGUCUGAGAAUCAGCUUUCUCAUAGACAGCUGUACAUAUUUGAUACAGUUUUGUCCUUAUUUGGUAAAGACAUAGAGAACAAUAUUGUCAUAUUUAUCACUCACUCAGAUGGAUUGUCUCCAUAUAAUGUUCUCAAUGUCAUAAAGACAGCAGGGAUUCCCUGUAGGAAAAAUGAGAAAGAUGAACCUGAGCAUUUCUUAUUUAACAAUCAUCAAACUGAGGAAAGGAGACUGGAGUAUAACAGAGUUCUCCAGGCAGCUUGGGAUCUAACAGCGGACAGUUUAAAAUACUUCUUCACCUGCCUAAAAGAACAGAACAGAAAAAGCUUAGAGCAGACUGAAAGCAUACUGAUUCAGUCCAAACAACUUGAAGCCUGUAUUUCUAAUCUACAAAAAUGCAUUGAGUUUAUAGAGUGCAAAAGUAAAGAACUGGCUCAGAUUCAGAAAGGUCUUUGGGAAGACCAAGAAAAGAUUAAGAGAAAUGAAAACUUUACUUUUACAGUCACCAAAUAUCACAAAGAAAAAGUUUCCACUGCCGAUGCUUCACGGUGGGACAGAAAUGUGACCAGUUGCUCUGUCUGUAUGGACAACUGUCAUGAGUAUGGCUGCUGGAGUGCCCCGGAUGCUUGGUGGUGUUAUGUCAUGAAAAAUGACCACUGCACAGUAUGCACAGGUAAAUGUCACUACACUAAACAUGUCAGAGAGAACAAGAAAUAUGUUACACGUGCCACACAGAUCACAGUGUCUUUCAAUGAUCUCAAAAAGCAAUGUGAAAGCAACAGAAAACCAGAAUCAGAUAUAAAGUUUGACUCGGAGUCCUUUGAAAAUGUCAGAAAGGAGAUUGAAUGCAACAAGAAACAGGAAGAGGAGAAAUUAAACAUAGAGAAGAGACUAAAAAACGAACUGACCAAAAGGGAAAAGGAAAAAGCUGAUCUUGCGUACAAAGCCUACAACGCCAUCAUGAAACUGUCUGAGAUUGCUUUAAAGCCAGACUCUACUUUCAUUGUUCAGUGUCUCGACUUCUUGAUCCCUCGAGCUGAGGAAAUUGGAAAACUCAACUACUCAGCUCCUCAGAAACUAAGAGAGCUGAGGAGAAUUCAGCCUGAAUCAGAGGAAAGAGUUAAUGCUGCAAUGGCAUAUGCAAGAGCAGGUCUCAAUAAACUGUAUGUAAAAUAAAUAAAUCGAGGAGAUUAUAUAUGUCCAUGUAACAUGAUGUAAUACAGAGGGAAUAAUGAACUAGUCUGUAUCAAGUGUGCAUGUUUUGUAUACGUUUAAAUGCAUUGUUUAUUCAUUAAUGCUGUUGUUUAUUAUUUUACUUUUUCAGUAGUUAUUUGAAACUUUUUUUGAUGAGCUAUUAUGAUUGUUUAACCUAUAGCACAGGAAUUGUUUUUACUUUGCAUGUACCAUAUUACUUGUGAAUUUGUACUGUUCAUGCAUAGACGUUUAUCCUUUCCUUAUUGUCCUAACUUGAUAUAUAGUUAAUUAGCUCAUAUUGUUAAUUCCACUACUGCUAGUGUUCUCUGUGUAACUAUCUGUCUAUCUGACCUUCUCACAAUAAAU